AUGGGUUCACUACAGACACCAAUAGGAAUGAGAAGCUCCUCGUUGUUAGAUACGUCCUGCGGAUAUUUGCUCAGAGAGUUACAGAUGAUAUGGGAUGAAGUUGGAGAAGAUAAGUUUGAAAGAGAGAAGGUCUUGCUUGAUAUAGAACAGGAAUGUGUAGAGGCUUACCGAAGAAAAGUCGACCAGGCUAAUAUUUCAAGGUCUCGUUUACAUCAAGAGCUGGCAGAAUCUGAAGCCGAACUCACCCAUCUUCUGUUGUGCCUCGGUGAACGAUCAGUGCCUGGAAGGCCAGAGAAAAAGGAAGGAACACUGAGGGAGCAGCUGGAUUCUAUUGCGCCUGCACUACGCGAGAUGAGGUUGAGUAAAGACGAGAGAGUGAAGCAGUUCCGAUCUGUCAAAGGGGAGAUUCAGAAAAUUUCAGCAGAAAUAGAAGGUAGAUCAACAUUUGAAGACUCAACAAGAAAUAUAACUAUAGACGACAACGAUCUUUCUAGUAAGAAACUCGAGGAAUAUCAGAAUGAACUGCAUAAGCUCCAUGAUGAGAAGAAUGAGAGACUCCAAAAGGUUGAAAUAUAUAUAUGCGCCAUUCGAGAUCUAUCAGCAACCUUGGGAACAGAAGCUUCAAUGAUCAUAACAAAGAUUCACCCAAGCUUGAAUGACCUCUAUGGAAUAUCAAAAAACAUCAGUGACGAUAUCCUGAAAAAGCUUCAUGGCACAGUUGUAUCUCUCGAAGAGGAAAAGCAGAAGCGCCUUGAAAAGCUUCACCAUCUUGGUAGAGCUUUAUCAGACCUGUGGAAUCUAAUGGAUGCAUCUAAUGAAGACCGUCAACACUUUUCUCAUGUCAUUGAUUUACUGUCAUUUGCACCAUCAGACGUGUGUGCUCCUGGAAGCAUUACAUUGAGCAUAAUUCAGCAGGGUGAGGCUGAAGUCAAGAGACUAGAUCAACUGAAAGCGAGCAAAACCAAAGAACUUUUCCUCAAGAAGCAAAAAGAACUAGAGGAUACAUGCAACAGAUCACAUAUGGAGACUCCAUCAACCGAGAUGGGAAAUAUAACGAACCUUGUAGACUCUGGGGAAAUUGACCAUGUUGACCUUCUCGCCACCAUGGAUGAAAAGAUAGCACGAGCAAAGGAAGAAGCAUCAAGUAGAAAAGGAAUAAUUGAAAAAGUGGAUAGGUGGAUGUUAGCACGUGAUGAAGAGCGCUGGCUAGAAGAAUAUGACCAGGACGAGAAUCGGUACUCAGUAAGUAGAAAUGCUCAUCGAAACCUAAGGCGAGCAGAACGGGCACGCAUAACAGUCAGCAAAACCACAGGAUUAGUGGAAUCUAUAUUGGUAAAGACUAAGAGCUGGGAAGCAGAAAGACAGAAACUCUUCUUGUACGAUGAGGUACAUCUGGUUGCAAUGUUACAAGAGUACAGUAAGAUGAGGCAGGAAAAGGAGGUGGAGAAGCAAAGACUCCGAGAAAUGAAGAAGAUACUUCCACAGCCUGUGGCUGAGCCAGAUAACUUUUAUGUGGCAAGACCAACUACCAGCAACCGCCGUAUCUCAAAUCGAAGCCUCAAUGGUGGAUUCGGCAGUGCAAGCCCUAUAAACAGAAAGAUUUCCCGAGGCUUAAACAAUACUAGUAAUUACACAGCUCUUGGCACAUCUAUAAGAAUGGAAAACAGAAAGAGUCAGGCAUCAAAAACACCUCUAGUUAGACUCAGUCUUGAUUCACAUCUUCGUGAUGAAACAAGAACCUCUGUUGUAUCAUUGUUUCCAGGUCCAUUGUCUCCUUAA